GCGGGUGCACGGACAGCGAGGCGUGUGGUGAGGCGCGGCCAUGGUUGCUAUGGGAACCGUGUAGCGCAGUGAAAAGUAACAUGCCUGACAAAGCGCUGGUGACCGUGCGGUUCGGCCCGUACAUGAACGGCUCUGGGAUAGUGCAGCACCGCGUGGCCAGGCUGCAGGGGCUGCGAGCUGUUCUGGUCUCAGAUGGACACAAAGUUGUCUUGGAAGAAAUACUAGAUCGGGACUCCGUGGAACUAAUGGUGAACGGAGAGAUUGUAUUUCAGUGUAACAUCAAGGAACUUGACUUUGGAGGUGAUGGCAAGUUGGAUCCACUUUGUGAAGAAGCAAGACAUGCAGUGCUAAAGGCCUAUUAAUAAACAUUGUGCAUUUUGA